UUCGUGCUAUUUACGUCCUGAUUUUCCCCCAGGCUCUUCCAUAUCAGAGCAGGGCUGUACAGUGCGACGAAAAAUACCGUCUGUGCGUGUCUGUCUAUUUUUAAAUGUAGCACUGGUGCAACAUCUUUGAAUUAUUAUUUUCCCCAGAACUUUAUUGAACAAAAGUAAGUUAUGUGUAAGAAAAAUGCUUUUUACUGGCGUACAGUGUGGUUCUGGAUGCAGCGGAGGAAAGUAAAGGAACCGACAAAGGUAGAACCGGUCCAAAGUUUGGGAUCAAAAGUGCAGCUACACGCAGAUGGGCUAAUGCUAAAGCUAACAGGUAGCAGUCUCACGAUUGAGCGGCGCACAGAAAAAAAUGUGAUGAUCGUAAAACUAAAAAAGACUAAACUCUACAAGCGGAUGAAAAGUCCCCACCAUCCUGUUUAUUCUGCAUCCUGCAGCGCUAUGGAUCAGAACCGCUGCAGAUACGAGUCACAUUACUGCUGGCGCAGGAUGUAUGGCAAGUUGUUGUAGUAUAUAAUUCACAAACGCUUCUAUCUUUGAACAUAAUUUGAACUGGAUUAUUGCCAACCCAUACAUAAUAGACAUGCCACCAUUACAUUGUUAGCAGCAGAAAUUAAAUGUUAUUACCAUUGCCAAUACAAAUGCAUGUUAAUGAAAUGCAUUAUAUUUUACUGGAUAUAUUUCUGUGUCAUUUAGACUAAGAAGAGUGUUAUUAAUACAAACCUAAAAUGUUACUGAAAUGUAGGUCAAAAAUUAAAAAAUAUUUUUAACUAUAAAUAUCAGAUGGGAAAAAGGGAACUAAACACCAAUCUAAUGCAUGUUAUUGAGCCUUUGUAAUAUUUUGCCUUUAAAAAGGUGAGGCAGUUGAAUGCACAGAGUAUGCAUGAGCUGGCGCUUGGUCAGGAUGGUAGCACCUCUGCCUCAAUUUGAGCCAGGAAAAACCCUGGAAUGAGACCAUUUAAAGGUGUGGUUCACUUGUUGAACUCAUUCACUGCCAGCCGUUUGCCGAUCAGAAAAGCCCUUCGCUGCCAGUGUUUUUCAGCGUUUUACUGUUUUUUUAAGAGUCACAGAACAUUGCGCGCUAGGAUGAUGUCUACGCCAAAACAAAACAAAGUGGAGACUCACCUCCUACAUCAGGAAGAAUCCGCACGUUUCGAGUGUUAUCCGUCCUUUCAUAAUCCGUUGUCGAAUUGUGAUCGGCAGAAGCUUUUCUGUUUUACGCCUCACUUUUUUUUUACAGUAGCGGCCCAAAACGAUCUCCUAACACAUGGAUUUUCUGCUUCCUGAUCAUGUGACAUGUGACGUACACGGAUGAAGAUCGGCUUUAGAGCUGGGAUGUUUGUUCUCACGGUGCGGGGGCUUGUUCCGACGCCCACGCAGUAAAAACAUGCAAAUGAUGACUUUAGUAGUCAUUGGCAGUGAAUGAGUUAAUCAAUACAUUAGCAGUGGUGUCUAGUAGGAAUGAAUGCCUGUAAGUCGUACUCUGGGUACGAAAAGCCCUGGGGUCUCAUUCAUCAAACAUUCCAUAGAAUCCUUACUAAAACCGUACUUAAGCUUAGCAAAAAAAAUUUACUUACGCCAAGUAGGUUUGUGAUCUAUCAAACAUGGAGUACGCACAGCUGCAUGAAAUCUCCGCUUCUUAAAUCAGAGACUAACGAGAGUGUUUCUCAGCUGCUUUUUAGUCACAUCCCACCCUCACCACACCCACUUACUGCCAUAAAUAGUCGAUGCAAAGUGCCUUGUGGAUCUCAUGCAUAUACAUAGCCAGCUGUUGCAGCACUCCGCCAAUGACGAUGGCGACCGUAGAUCAAGGCAGAUCAAGGAAGCGCAAUUUCACAGAAGCAGAAAUUGAGGUACUUGUGGGUGAGGUGAAGAAAUGAAAGGAAGUGCUUUUGCAAAACAAAUAAGAGAAAAUCCACGGAGUGGCACAGCGUUGCUGAAGCCGUCAAUGUUGUCAAUUCUUCAGAGAGAUCUGUGGCGGAUAUAAAAAAAAAAAGGUCCAAUUGGGAUUCGAUCCCCAGACUACCAGGUGAAAGUCACGCGCGCUAACCAGUCACCCAAAUGGAGAUCUCCCCUGUACAAGUAGCCAAGGCGCAUCAAUCGAGUCUCAGUGACAGGACACACACUGUCACAGACGCAUGACAUUCUGUUUCAAUCUGUCCCCCUGUCCGAAUUCUGCGCUUCAGGCUGUGUGUGCGUGCGUGCGCGUGUGUGUGUGAGUGUGCGCACCUGUGUUUGUACGCGUGUGUGUGUGUGUGUGCGUGUGGGGGGUCUUGUUCUGUGUGAAAAUGAAGCAGUACAAGUGAUGAUGCUGCAGGAUUUCAUAAUUUUAUCCUUCUCAGCAGCAGCACUGCAGGUGCUCUCCAUGUUCAAAAUGUGCAUAAGCCAGGUCCUUAGUCAACUUAAAGUUGCGCACAUUUUUCCGCUAAGUUUGCGUGGAAAGUUGCUUAUGCAGUUUUCCGACCCCGUUUUGUGCGUAAGCAAGCUUGAUUAAUGAGGCCCCUGGUGUGUCAGUUUUUAAGAUCUAGAAGAUAUCCAGAUCAGAAGAGAGUUUCAGAUGACAGGAAUUGGAUUCUUACUUCCUAAUAUUUGGAUAUCUCACCUCUAAUUGGCUAAAACAAACACAACUCUACUACUGACUCAGUUUAGUUUGCGACGUUGAUAUUUUUAUCUUCACAAAAAACACAAGCCUCGAGGAGUUCUGCUGUGUGGUGAAGUUGCUAACGCAAAUAUGAGCUCCUACUAGCUGAGAUGUUCUCUGCUGUUUCCUGGACUCUAAAGCAACAACAGCCUUCCCCGUCGUGAGCCAAGAUGGGUGAGUCCAUGAAUGAUAAGUGACAGUGUGACGUAGAUCUGUCAGGAUUUUCUAAUCUUAGAGUUUCACCGUCUAUUUUUUUUUAAUCAGAAGCUAAUGCAGGAGAUAGGUGUAGUAGACUAUUUUCAUGUUCAGCCUGAGUGAAAAACUCUGACUCAUUAUAAUGAGAAAUAAUAAUUUAAAAAAUGUCUCAGUGAACAACACCUUGGCUUUGAACAAAUGUUGUUUUUAUUGUAAAUGUUUUGUUGGCUGCUUUAUUCAGUGUUCAGGUGUUAGACACACUUGCUGAUUUAAGGAAACAGAUAGUUUUGUAGAAGUCAGCUUUGCUCAUUGUGCUGAAAGCCAUUGAUCAGCAGGUAAAACUAAGGUUUUUUCCCUCAUGGACAGCAAAUUCAGAACUUAUUCUAAUUCUAGGCUAAAAAUGUGUAAUGCUAGUUGAACACAGCACAUGUUAAAGGGUCUAUGCAUUUAAAAUAAGUCUAUAAGCAGGUAAGAUCAGAAAGGGGGGAAAGCAUAAAAUCAUUACCAUCAUCUUCAUUAGAGAGGAGACCGUUGACCAAUCAUCGUGCUGCUCUGCACGGGGAUUCCAUAAGCACCCCGUUGGCUGUCGCUAGGAUACCACAUAAUCAGGAGGCUGAUAGAUGUGGGUGUUGAUGCUGGGAGAACAAGCUCACUGCAUUGGGGGUUGAUGAGAGGGGCUGGGGGUUUGAAUAUAGCACAGAAACACCCUCGCACGCACUCACUCGUUCAUUCAGCACGCCAGCCACUCAGUGAGACAGACAAAGAGGAACAGCAUCCUGCUGGAGGACAGCACGCUCCCGGGGGAUGGGGCAUCAUACCCCUGCAUCGCGUUGGGGGUGUCGAAGGAGGCACAGGAGAGCCAUUCAGAAAAGCCGGGGGUCAAAGGUGAGAAGAGCAGAGGGCACCAUGGAGAGCGAACCAGGGGCCCCUGCCUCUAGUGCCGGCAGUGCUGGAACCACCAACACCAGCAGCUCCUCUUCCUCCUCCUCUUCCACCACCACCACCACCACCACUGUUAGCAGUAGUACCUCUAAUACCACCACUGCUGCUUCCACCACCACCUCCAGCAGCAGCAGCAGCAGCAGCACUAAAAGUGGCUCCAGCGCUGCAGCAGGAAGACAGGUGCCUCAGAUAUCCGUUUACAGUGGGUUACCUGAUAGGCAAACGGUGCAGGUUUUUCAGCAGGCGCUACACAGACAGCCCAACACGGCAGCACAGUACCUGCAGCAGAUGUAUGCCGCCCAGCAGCAGCAUCUGAUGUUGCAGACCGCAGCCCUCCAGCAGCACAGCCUCAGCACUGCCCAGCUGCAGAGCCUGGCUGCUGUACAGCAGGCCAGUAUCACUGCUAGCCGGCAAACCUCCUCACAAAAUGGCACUUCAUCUCAGCAAACAGGCUCCACUCAGGCUACCAUCAACCUGACCACCUCCCCAGCAGCAGCUCAGUUGAUCAGCCGAGCCCAGAGCAUCAGCUCCACCCCCACCAGUAUUUCACAGCAAGCUGUUCUGCUCGGCAGCCAAUCCAGCCCUGCGCUCACAGCCAGUCAGGCACAGAUGUACCUGCGUACACAGAUGGUGGCCAGGAGUUUGGGCCGAGCCGUUCCUCUGUCUUCGCAGCUCAUCUUCACCCCAGCUGCUGCAGUCACAGCUGUCCAGUCGGAGAGCUCCACACAAGCCUCCUCACAGAACCAGGUCCAGAAUCUGGCCAUCCGUGGCCAGCAGGGGGCGGCCACAUCCUCCUCUCAAACUCAAACCCCUCAGGCUCUCACUCUGAAGCAGAGCCCAGUGCCCAUUCAGCCUGCUUCACACACCAAGAACCCCAGCCAAGGGACCCAAACCUCCACAGGAGCCAAGGCCAGCCCCUCAGACGGCUCCACUGAUGGAGGGAAGAAGGGGGACGGUGCAGCAGUCACUGAGGUUCGAGCUCUGAAUAUGAGCCGCAGCGUUACCGCUGUCAGUGCUCAGCCUCUUAUUGCACCAGCGUACACCCAGAUCCAGCCUCAUCCGCUGGUUCAGCAGCACAAGCAGCAACUUGUGGUCCAGCAGAGCCAAGGAUCCCAGAGGACGUCAGGCCAGCUGCUGCAGACGGCCUCCAUUCAGCCGUCGCAGCACCCCGUCCCAGUGCUGCCCAAACCUGCCCAUCACCAGCCAUCCACUCCGAGCCAGCAGGCUACCAUCUUCCACUCCACCAUCAGCCCCCAUGCGCUCCACUCCUCACUCAGCCAAGCCAAAGCUCAGCCCGUGCAGCUCACUGCCAUCAACCUACAAAUACAGCCGACGCCCCCCCGACUAGUUCAGGACAACAAGGAUAAGCCCACAUCUUUAGUGGUUAGAGAGACGAGUCAGACACACUCCGUGCAGCAGCCGCAGCCACCACCACCACCACCACAGCAGUCACAGCCCGAGCCUCCUCCAUCACAGCCCUCCAAGCCUGUAGAGCAGCCCAAGGUUAACCCCACCACACCACCUGUUCAACCUCGAGGAGGAGGCUCAGUUAAGAGGCCAAGUGCAGCGACAGAAACCUCAUCUCCAGCCAUGACCUCAGGAAACGAAAGCGAGGCACCAACCGUGACGGGCAGUGCGCCACACAACGGAGAGAACAAACCGCCACAGGCCAUCGUCAAGCCGCAGGUCCUCACGCAUGUCAUCGAAGGCUUCGUCAUCCAGGAGGGAGCGGAACCGUUUCCUGUGUGUGUGGAGCGCCUGCCCAUCCUCAUCAACAGUGAAAAGAAGCUGGAUCAUCAGCUCUCCUCAGACCCCGACAAAACUCCCAUCAGCAAUGCAGCGAACUCCGACUCCGAGCCCGAAGACAUGAACCAACCAGAGAAAGAAGAGCCCAAGCUGACGUGCGAAUACUGCGGAUGGGUGGACUUUGCGUACACGUUUAAGGGUUCCAAAAGGUUCUGCUCGGUAGUUUGUGCAAAAAGGUACAACGUGGGCUGUACAAAGCGGGUUGGACUCUUCCAUCCAGAGAGGACCAAACCAGCCAAUCGCUGGCGUCGAAGGAACCAUGGCCGCUUCAGUAUAGAAGCUAAAAAACAGAAACUGUCCCCGUCACCACAACAGACCCAAGGCGGCUCUGUGUCAUCGCCACAGGCCUCCCAGCCCAGUCAGGAGGAGUCCAGCCCAUGCUCGGACAUGUCCAGCUACGAGGAACCACAGUCUCCCCUGUCAGCAGCCAGCUCAGGACCCCUCGCUCCUGCUCCUGCUUCCGCCCAAGCCCCCGUCCACCGGCAGCCCAGCAGGUCAUCGGACCAGGAGGGCUGCACUGGAAGAGAUGCACCAUCAUGCUGCGAGCGCUUCUUACCCAACGACGCCACUAAGUGGAACGUGGAAGAAGUUUACGAGUUCAUUUGUUCUCUACCAGGUUGUCAGGAGAUUGCAGACGAGUUCCGCUCUCAGGAGAUCGACGGACAGGCCUUGCUUCUGCUGAAGGAGGACCACCUAAUGAGCACCAUGAACAUUAAGCUGGGACCCGCACUUAAGAUCUUUGCGCGCAUCAACAUGCUGAAAGACUCAUAGCAGGACAACACGCAUGUAGACGUAGUACUGACUGCACUGUGACCCGGCCGUCACCUCACCUUUGGACUGGUUCGGGUCACAUCCUGCUUCCGUCUGCCUCCGACUCAACAACUCCUGUUUCACCGGUAUUGAAAAUGCUACACGGUGCAGAGUUGUUUUGUCUUCAUCUGCUUUGUUGUUCGAGCCAGUCACAAUCAUCUUGGGGAGGUGACGCUAUUGGUAGAAGAGCUGAGAAAACAAGUUGACCUGUUCAGUUGGCUGGGGUCACACACCUGUAGUGUCUGUACUGUUCUACAUGUUUUAAUGGGGCUUGUUGGUGUGUGGAUGACAGGAAGCUGGUUUUAUGUGUGGCUAAGAACAAAAGAUUUCAUUCACCAAUUGUCUUUUUAUUCAGCACAUGUUCUUUUGCCUUUUCACUUAAGAAGUCUCCCACAGCUAUCGAAUGCUAAGCUUGAAUGCAGAGACAACCGUUUAAGGAGCUUUUUGGUGGCAUUGAUUUUAUUUUUCACUCUAAUUUUCUACGCGAGGCUUUGUCUGCUUACAGAUGAUCUUCGUCCCUGCUCUUUUUGGAUGACUAACUAGGAUAUGACAUUGAUUUUCUCUCAGGAUCAAAGGAGGACACUAAUUUAUCCAAGCAACAAGUUUGGUUUGCUGCUCUUUACACAACCUGGCAUUUUUAGCUCAUCUGUUUUUUGGGGGGGAUUUUUAUGCAAACUGAGUUUUGUGCAUUUGUAAAACAAUGCAAAGAUUUGUGCAAAGCAGCUCAAGUGAGGUGAAAUGUGUGUGCUUUAACUUAUCUUUUUUUUAAUUGUUUUUUUCAUUUUAUAUUUUAAAUAAUAUGCAAAUUUGUAAGAUUUUUGUGUGGGAGGUGCUUUUGUUGUUGAGAUGUCCAUACCUGUUUUGUUUGUGAUAGAAAGUCAACUUUUUAGAAGAUACCUUGUUAAAUUCUUGUAUUUAUGAUUUAAAAAAAACUUUGUUACACAUUUUGCAGUUAUAAAUAAUUUACAGAAGA